GACCCUUCUCUUACUGUUCCUUCUGCAACCAUGGAUGAGGAUUCUGGUAACUGCAAAAUGGCAGGACAUGUUGCUGAGGAAGGUGCGGGUGCUCCCCGAUCAUCCAUGUUGUACAUGGUAGCUGCCAAAGCCAGGCAUCUUCUGGCGUCUCCUGGCGCCGCCGGGACGCUGAUCUUUGCGUCCGUGUUCCUCGUGCUGGCUUACCGGCGCAAGAAGAGAUCGUCCACGGCGGGUCCUGUUGACAGCAAGAAGACACCCACAGCGAGUCAAGAGGUCGUCCGCCAGCAGUCCCGGGCGAACCCUGCGCUCUAUCGGUCGGUGUCGCUCGCGAUGCUGCAUGGCGGGGAGAAGGCGAUGCAGAGGUUGAUGGAUGCUCACGAGGCGUGCAGAGACGAGUCGAAGCUGAGCAGCGCCUUGGACGACAUGCGCAAUGAGCUCGACAAGGAUCGGAUGGACUUCAACAAGUUACAUGCAAUCAUACCAAGACUAGAGAUGAGCGGAAAGGAGAAGGAAGCAAUCACAAUAUUGCAGGAAGCACUGAAGAAAGCUAAAACCGAUCAGCAGACGCACAAGGCAUACGAGCUUGAGAUGUUGCUGGUGGAAAUGCUGAUCUACGAGGGAGAAUAUAAUAAAGCUCUGAAUCUUGCGUGCCUAUGUAGCAAGGAUGUUUCCACGGCAGAUGCUCGAGUUCCUCUCUAUCAGGCUACAGUCUACGCCAUGAAGGGUGAAACAGAUCGUGCAAAGGAACGCUAUGAGAAGUUUAAAGACAUCCGGAAAACCUACCAUGGUUCAAAGUUCGACAGUACAGGAUCGGCACUUCAUAUGACAUUGCCCGAGUUCGAUCGAUUCGAGAUAGUCGCCAACAACCUCAAGAAGACGAUUUGGCAAGCUCACCAAACAAAGACGAUCGCGCAACCUCCGGAAACGAAAACAGCUGAUGGCAGGGUCGACAAAGAGACUCAUCACGCUCAACAACAGGAGAAAGCACUUGCCAACAGCGGCAAGAAGUAGAUCGAGCGAGCUCACUACACAACAGAAGCUGCCGGUGUUUCUGAGGCCACACAACAACACGAGGGAGUAAUGACUGUUCACGUUGUCGUCCAUGCAAAUGGAAGAAUAAAUUCCUCUUGCUUCUUCUUCUUCUUCUUCUUCUUCUUCUUCUUCUUCUUCAGAUUGUCACCAGACUCCAAUAAAAAGUAUUUGCUUCAGUAGCAGUACUACUACACUGUAAAGAGAACCUGAACCUGAAUCAUCCACCAUACAUCAAACGUGAAUUCUUGAUGUCUAAUGCUACAUUUCCAAUUUGUAUAUCCCAUUUAAAAUAAACUAAGAGGAAGAGUUUUAUCC